CCGCCGGCCAUGGCGGGCGAGGACCACCGGUGGCAGGGCAGCAUCCUCUACAACAUGCUCAUGAGCGCUAAGCAAACACUGGCGGCUCCGGAGGCGCCCGAGGCUCGGCUGGGGGGCUCGUGCUGGGGCUGCUCCUGCGGCUCGGAGCCCCCGGUGGGCAGAGAGGGGCUGCCGGGGGGGCGUGCAGUGGCGCUCCUCUACCGCUGCUGUUUUUGCGGUGAAGACCACCCCCGGCAGGGCAGCAUCCUCUACAACAUGCUCACAAGCGCAAAGCAAAUGCAGGCGGCCCGAGAGGCGCCCGAGACGCGAGUGGGGGGCCCGUGCUGGGGCUGCUCGUGCGGCUCGGAGCCCGGAGUGGGCAGAGAGGUGGGCACAGAGGCACUGCCGGGCGGCCGGGCCACGGCGCUCCUGUACCGCUGCUGCUUUUGCGGAGAAGACCACCCGCGGCAGGGCAGCAUCCUCUACAGCUUGCUCACCAGCGCCAAGCAAACGCACGUGGCUCCGGAAGCCCCCGAGGCGCGGCUGGGAGGCUCCUGGUGGGACCGGUCCUACUGCGCGCAGAGGCCGGGGGGCAGAGAGGAGCAGCUGGGCGGGAGGGUCGUGGCGCCCCUGUGCCGCUGCUGCUGCUGUGAUGAAGACCACCCGCAGCCGGGCGGCAUCCUGUACCACAAGCCCGGGAGCGCAAAGCAAACGCACGCGGCUCCCGAGAUGCCAUCGGGGGCCCCCUGGUGGGACCCCCCGUGUGGCGCGGAGCGCCGGGUGACCCUCAAAAGUCCACAGGUGGUCUGCGAGGCAGCUUCUGCGGGCCUGCUCAAGACGCUGCGCUUCGUCAAGUACUUGCCCUGCUUCCAAGUGCUGCCCCUCGACCAGCAACUGGUGCUGGUGCGCAGCUGCUGGGCGCCGCUGCUCAUGCUGGAGCUAGCUCAGGACCGCUUGAACUUUGAGACGGUGGAGACCUCGGAGCCCAGCCUGCUGCAGAGGAUCCUCACCACCAGGCGGCAGGAGACGGCGGGAGAGGAGCCGCCGCCCCUGCCCACGGGGCCGCUACACUUGGUACCACCACCCGAGGCUGGGCGUCUGCCUUCGGCUGCCGAGGUCCAAGCCAUCAAAGGCUUCCUUGCCAAGUGCUGGAGCCUGGACAUCAGCACCAAGGAGUACGCCUACCUCAAGGGGACCGUGCUCUUUAACCCGGACCUGCCAGGCCUGCAGUGUGUGAAGUACAUUCAGGGACUUCAGUGGGGAACUCAGCAGAUACUCAGCGAACACGUCAAGAUGACACACAGUGGGCACCAGGCCAGAUUCGCCCAACUGAAUAGUGCCCUUUUCCUGCUGAGAUUCAUCAAUGCCAAUGUCAUCGCUGAACUGUUCUUCAGGCCCAUCAUUGGCACAGUCAGCAUGGAUGAUAUGAUGCUGGAAAUGCUCUGUGCAAAGUUAUGAAAGCGUGGGUGCCACACAAGUGCAGUUCACCAUGAAGGAAAGAUAAGGCGCUGUGUGCAGAGUGUAAAAUAGUGUAAAAUAAAUUUUCAUAUUAUUUUUACAUGCAGAGUAAUUUUGUAUUCAAUUAAAAAGAAACCUUAGCAACAGACAAUUAGAAAAUCCUCUGUUCUGUACUGUUCCAUUGUGAAGGAAAAUAUUGGCCAACAGUAAACGCACCUCUAGAUCUUUAAAGAAUGGGCAGGAACUGUGCUAAUAAGUGAUUUUCAUAAGUUUAGGGACUCUGCAUUAACUUGCUAAAAUCAAAUUUGCAGUAUGAAGUUACAAUAAACAUUAAGGUGUUAACCAUUAACUUGUUGAAAAAAGUUUCAUCAGAGUUUAAGUGAGGCUUAAAAAAAAAACUAAAAACUUGGCCAACAUAAGCGAAAAUCAUCUUCAUGGGUAGCAAAUUUUAAUAUGACAUGCCAGUGUCGGUUAGGGUUGACUUUGUUAAUUUCAUUUCUACUUCCAACAGUUGUAUGGAAGAGUCUUUGUACCAAGUAGUACAAUGUGUGAUGGUAAAGGCACCUGAAAGGUUUUCCAGUUUUACUUUGGGGUUUUUCUACACAAAGUUCAACAAGAAAUGUACAUCCCAUGAGAUAUAGUUCCAGAAAGUGUAAUAUCAUUAUGAACUCCUAGUUCUAUCCCACC